GGUGGUUCCACCCAGCAGUCAUGACUUAUGAGUAGCUUCUCACGUAAAGAGGUGCUUUUGAUGAAAAAAUAAUAGAAUCUUUGAGUCAAUCCCAAUAGAUUUCUCAAGUCAAUGUUUUCUUAAAAAUAACAACAACAAAGAAGAAGAAACACCCUAUUUUUCUUUUUAUCUUAUUUCAGUGGAAACUCUCUGACUCUGUUCUGUCGAGUUGCUUCUCUUUUGUCAAGAACUAAGGUUCUCUUCUAUUUAAAGAAACUAGCACUUUUACCGGUGAUUGAGUGUGAUGGAGCCGGUGGGAUACAGAUUCCAUCCAACUGAAGAAGAAAUCAUAGAUCAUUAUCUGAGUUGCAAAUUGAACGGCCUUGAUUCCCUUGUUGAUGCUUAUAUUGGUGAGAUUGAUCACCUUUAUCAAUGGGAUCCAUGGGAUUUACCUGACUUUGCACUAAUUCAGUCAGAUGUUCGAGUGUGGUAUUUCUUUUGUCGGCAUGACUACAAGUACUCAAACAGUAAACGAGUUAACAGAACAACCAAGAAUGGAAACUGGAAAUUGACCGGCAAGGUUCGUGAUAUCAAGCGUAGAGGCACAAAUGAGGUGAUUGGUACUAAGAAGAAUCUGGUUUUCCUACACAAAUGUCCUGAUUCUAAAAAAACUAGGUGGGUCAUCCAUGAAUUCCAGGCUAAAACUUCCCCUCCUGAUGAGAGGGCUAUUGUUCUUUGCAAGUUAAAGCACAAGGCAGAUGACUCAGCUGCCAAUUCGCCUAAUGAUGAAGGUGCAGAGACUAAUAUCCUAGAGGUAGAUGCAGAGCAACGGCUAUCUCUCUUUAACAGCCACAGGGAGGAUUUCAAUUUUCCUUCGCCACUGCAAUCACUGAUCAAUGCACAGAAUUACCUUUCAGAUGAAGAGGAUUUCAAUUUUCCUUCACCACUGCAGCCACUGAUCAAUGCACAGAAUUACCUUUCAGAUGAAGAGGAUUUCAAUUUUCCUUCACCACUGCAGCCACUGAUCAAUGCACAGAAUUACCUUUCAGAUGAAGAGGAUGCGACAGGGUUUGCAUUUGCGGACUCAUUAAUUGUUGAUCCAGAUGAAUAUGGCACUAAAAAUGCUGCACUCUCUCUCCCAAAUGACCACAGCUCACCAAGGUCAUCAAGGAAAGCUUAUGCUGAGGAUAGCAGUGACAGAACAACUUAUCAUGCGUAUGGAGAGUCUGCAAACUUGUAUGGUGGGCACGGUAAUUUGAAAAUAUCUCGGCAGCUGCAAAUGGCUCACGGUGAUGAUAUUCUCUUGAUGGGGGCAUCUUCCACGGAUUCCACUACUGCAACUCGACAUGAACAUAUCAAAUUAAUGCAAUCAGGUGGUGAAGUAAUUCCAAGGACUCGCCAACCUCCGCCUCCAGUAGCGCCCAGCUUUGUAGAACGCAAGGAAGUUUCUCGUAAAAGUGUUCAAUUGCUGCGCGGAGUUUCAAAGGCUGGAGAAGGUAGAAAGGAAAGUGCUGAUAUUGAUCUGCCUCGGAAGGAAAGUUUAGGCAGAGAAUCUGAAACAAACAGGAAAAUAGUUCCGGUUAUCAAUGCAAAACCACGUGCAAAAUCGAGAUCAAAUGAGUUAGGUGGCAACGAUAGGAAGGGUCGUUUCAUUCACCUUGAAACAACUAUAUCAAGCCCUCUAUGGGUUUAUCUUUUGAACGCAGUCUUAGGUCUGCUUCUAUUCCUAAUCAUGCUUAGAGAAGCGCUGAUUGUUCACUGAGAGAUGCCGCUCUUAAAAGGGUAUACGGUCAAGCAUUUUGUCACAAACAGAAUUGUCUAUCCAGUAUAAUACAUAGUUAGAGUUAGUUCUAGUGCGGUAGCUUUUGUGAUUAUGGUUUGAAAAAAAUUAUUUUAUAAAAAGUAUUUUUAAUUGAA